GCGAAUUCAAAAGGAAAGUAUAACCGGCUCCGUAGAUUCACAAAGAAUAAGACUUACUCUGACCAUAUCAGUGGAUAAGGUCGAGUUUGAUCCGCAAGGGGGAUUAUUAAGAGUUCGAGGGCGGAUUGUUGCCGAAAAUAAACAUGUUAAAAUGGGCACAUAUCAUACAAUUGAUCUUGAAUUAAAUCGAAAUUUCACACUAACCAAACAAGAAUGGGAUAUUAUUGCACUUGAGCGUAUCGGAGAGGCCUGCGAUAUCACCAAGCAGGCAGAUGUAGCUGCUAUUGUUCUUCAAGAGGGUCUAGCAAACAUAUGUUUGGUUACGCGGAACAUGACCUUAGUGCGGCAAAGAAUUGAACAUUCAAUACCUAAGAAACGCAAGGGAUCAACAUCGAAUUAUGAAAAGGGGCUCCAAAAAUUUUAUGAACAAGUCCUGCAAGCAAUCUUAAAUCAUGUAAAUUUUGAAGUAGUCAAAGCUGUUAUCUUAGCUAGUCCGGGCUUUGUCAAGCACGCACUGCAAGAAAUUCUUCAAGACACAGCCAUACAAAGUCAAUUAUCAGAUACUAAAUAUGCGAAGGAAGUAAUAGCCUUAGACAGAUUCUACAAAAUGUUAAACGAAGAUCAAGACAGAGCCUUUUACGGCUGGGAUCAUGUCAAAAAGGCAGAAGAAAGAGGUGCCAUCGGAACGUUGCUUCUUUCAGAUGAACUUUUCAG